AUGCCUCACGAGGUGCCGCCCUCGCGCGCCCUCCUCCUGGCUGAUUUGUGCGCCAACCGCGCAGACACGCCAAAGAACCCCAUCGUCCUCGCCCAUGGACUGAUGGGUUUCUCUGAACUGCGCCUCGGCGCCUACGUUCCGCCUAUCCACUACUGGCGGGGCAUAUCCGACUCCCUGAGCACCCUUUCCGGUCCAUCCAACAUCAUCACCACCUCCGUCCCACCCUCGGGAUCCAUCGAGGAGCGCGCGGCCAAGCUGGGCGCCGACAUCGCCGCCAAAGCCGGCGGCCGCGCCGUGAACAUUGUAGCCCACUCCAUGGGCGGCCUGGACGCCCGGUACAUGAUCUCCCACCUCAAGCCGCGCGACGUAAAAGUCCUGAGCCUCGUCACCGUCGCGACGCCGCACCGCGGCAGCGCCUUUGCGGAUUACCUCCUCGACGGCCAGGGCCCCAUCAAGCUCGCCAACCUGUACGGACUCAUUGAGCGUGCCGGGCUGGGGACCCAGGCGUUUGAGCAGCUGACGCAGCGGUACAUGGAGGACAAGUUCAACCCCGCCACGCCCGACAGCGACGAGGUGCGGUACUUCAGCUAUGGCGCUUGCACGGACACGCCGCCGCUGCUCAGCCCGUUCCGGCAGAGUCACUGGGUUAUUGAGGAGGCGGAGGGCGCCAAUGACGGGCUGGUCAGCGUUGCGAGCAGCCGGUGGGGGAAGUACCAGGGCACCCUGCUAGAUGUGAGCCAUCUGGAUCUGAUCAACUGGUCGAACCGGCUCAAGUGGACGUUGCGAAAAGUGUGGAUGGGGCAGACGAGGACGUUUAAUGCUGUGGCGUUUUAUCUUGACAUUGCAGAUAUGUUGGCCAAGGAGGGUUUAUGA